CACCGAACCCACCCCCCCGCAGGCCGCGCCCGCCGCCCGAGUCGCCGUGGCCGCCGCGGCAGCGCCCCUCCCGGCGGUGAGCGCAGCCCACCGUGCGCGCCGCGGCCGCGGCCGCGCUCGGGGCGCCCAGAUCUAGGGCCGGUAGAGGCGUGCUCGGCCCCCCGCGGCAGCCCCAUCCCAUGGCGCCGCGACAGCCGUGGUGGACGGCGCUUCUCUUACCCUUCCUCCUCGCCGGCGUCAGGCCCGCCACCGCCGCCUCGAUUCCUACCGAUGCGUGCCGGGUCCCUACUAUCGUGGAAUCCGCCCUCGGGGCUCCCGAGAUGUGCUCGGCGCUAGAUCGCCUUUUCGGCGACCCGAUCGGCGUCAUCGAGGGAGAUGAGGUCACAUUGGCAAGGGCAGUUAAUCUUCUUCACAUGAACAAGGAUGACUAUAUUGCUGUCCUUUUUUAUGCAUCAUGGUGCCCAUUCUCACAAGAAUGCAAACCAAAUUUUGAGACAUUAGCUUCCUUAUUCCCAACUAUUCGGCAUUUUGCAUUUGAGGAAUCUGCAAUUAGGCCAAGCAUAAUAUCAAGAUAUGGAAUUCAUGGUUUUCCAACACUGUUUCUCUUGAAUUUGACCAUGAGAGUGCGGUAUCAUGGACCUAGGACUGUUAAAUCACUUGCUGCUUUCUACACUGAUGUCUCAGGUAUCAAUGCUUCGGUGAAGUCAACUGCAGGGGAGGCCAUGAUACAUUCAUUAGAUGAUAUUGAGCAUAAAAAGGAUGCUGAACAGGAAAAUUGCCCAUUCUGGUGGGCGCGUUCGCCAGAGAAAAUACUUCAGCAGGAUACUUACCUGGCAUUGGCAACCGCAUUUGUAAUCUUGAGGUUGCUGUAUCUUCUUUUCCCGAAGAUAGAUUCCUUUGCCAGAUGGGCAUGGAGGCAUAAUCUCUUUGCAAACUUGAUGGGUGCCCAUGAAUAUUUCCUCACCUACCUUGAGCAAGCAAGACAGAAAUUCCAUAGGCUAUACCCUUCAAGUUCAAAGCGGGGGAAUUUGCAGGAGGGGGCAAUGAACGCCACCGCCUGGGCCUCAAAAUCAUUAGCAUCUGUAUCAAUUGGAGAACCAAGCGCCAUCGGAAGGACAAACUCUACAAGUGAGCUAAGAUGAACUGUAACUUCUUUUUGUCCCCAGGGAUAUAUGUACAGUACAGUAGAGUGAUCAGGAUAUAAAUACCAAGAAUCUGUUGUAACGGCUGUAUGACUCAUUGUAACAUCCUCCUUAGAAUAAGCACAUUCACCGUUUCAGCCUUUGUUUUUCAUUGUUGUUACAGCCCAAUUCUUUGGAGGAAUAAAGUCUGGUGUAUUGCGCAA